UCUCGUGCAAAACAUGUCCGAAAUGGGAGGGGACAUUCAGCCACAGCAUGCUUUAAUGUGAACAUCCAACGAAAUACUCCAAAAACUCUAGCUGUGAUGGACAAAAAUGAAAUAACAAUUUUCAGCUUUCUCACUGGAAUCUUUUUUAAUUCCGUUACAGCAAAAUCUAUCUCAACUGACUGUCGAUUACCUGGGGUGUUAUAUCAAGGGACCAAAAACGUAACAGAAACUGGUAGAACGUGUCAAAGAUGGGAUGCACAGAACCCGCAUGAACACGGUUAUGAUGUUUUUAGCAUUGCACAAGAGAACUACUGUAGAAAUUUCGACAGAGAAGAGCCAUGGUGUUUCACCAAUGACUCGGGUGUCCGCUGGGAACUCUGUGGGGUUGAUAUUUGUGUAACGCCGUAUCUAAAUAUGUAUUUUAAUGCCUCGAUGAUAACUGGUCAGUGUAAAUAUGGCAUCCCCAGUGGUAGGGGAUUCUGUGGGUAUAUAUAUAACUUAGUAUCAUGUUUGAAGGAGAAUAUUGAGAAUAUCAAUGAAUCCCGAUGUCCCCAGUUUACAUGGAGAUCAUUUGCUCUGCAAAUACAGGGUACUUUAGAAGAGUUUACCGGAAUGCCCAUCUCUCAGUGCAUUCUUUCACCAUGUGGUGAUCCCAGUGUGAUGAGUAAUUCUUUUGUGGUGAUUAACUUUGCAAUCCCUUGUUACGGAAAGGUCUUCAGGAAUAAAACAGGAAAUGAAUCAUGCCGAGUAAAACAACGUUUUUGGCAUUGUGUGAUAUCAAGGAUACAAGAAAAUGACGAAACAAACUCCACCUGUCUAGUCAAAGAUAAAAUUUUCUUGGCCAACAGACUUUUAUCUGAAGAGGUUUCUAUUCCUCCAGAGAUUCAACACAAUGCUAGUCUUUGUGAAAAUCUAUAUUCUGAGUUCCCUGCACCGUUGGAAACUACAACAGGUGAAAAUCUUUAUUCUGAGUUCCUUGCACCGUUGGAAACUACAACAGAUACUAAAAAUCCCGUUGGAAGUCGAGAAACAAAUACUGAGUUUUCUCAAACUACAGUUCUUCUUGCAGUGGGAUUAGCUGUUUCAUUAAUAUUUGCUGUCAGCUUCGCAAUCAGCAUAUACAAAAUAAGAGCUAUAACAUUGAGAAAAAGACGGAAAGAAUUAAUGCGCCUCCCAUCUAUUCCAAAGUCGAAGGACUCUCCGUACGAAGUAAACUUAACCAAUCCAGAUAGUCUAUAUUCCGAUCCCGAUUAUGAAAUUGUAGAGGAAGAAGACGAAGGUUAUAAACAUCUGCCCGGUGCAAGAGUAAAUCCUUUCACUCUGAGUCCUACUGAUGAGGAUGGGACAUAUAUAGAUCCUAAUAAUGCAGACGGCACAUAUCUAGAUGUAGCACAGAGCGAAAAAGAACCUAAUGAUUAUAUUAAUGUCCCUGCUUAUAUUGAUUUAGAGGAUACAUUCGAUGAUGAUCAUCCUAAAUCAGAUGCCUUGGACAUUUUACUAUCAGAGACCGCUGAAACAAUGAACUUAUCUGCCAACAUAGAUACAGCAAAAAUAAUGAGCUAAAUGAUGACCUCCUACAAUAAAGUAGUGUGUAGUAUUGUGAAUACAUUGUGAAGUGUGGAGCCUGCAAGGAGGUCUUGAUGUAAAACAGAUAAGAUAAAAACUCUCUUUAGCUUUUUCCAGAUGUAUACGUUUUUUUUUUUUUUGGUAUAUUUUAGAUGCAAUAGUUAUUAAAAACAAAACACAA